UAGAUCCACAGCUAUUAUCCUCGUCUGCAUCUUAGAAAUUCUAAUGAAUUCAAGUACUUCUGAAGUGAAAUCAAGCAUCAAGAGAGUGAUCCAUAUCUCAUUUACUUGAAAACCAUUAGUCACCAUUCAAGAGAUAUGGGCAGUCUGUUCAUCACCAGCAUGUGGAAAGUGUUGCUCCUGGGUCUGUAUGUAGUAUUGGCUGUGAGAGGACUGGCAAAGGGUGCUCCUUUCCAGCCAGAAGAUAAAUGGAAGCCUCUUGAUAACCCCAGAAACAGAGACCUGUUUUUCAGAACGCUCCAGGCUUACUUCUCAGGCAGGGGUCUUGAUCUCAGGAACUUCCCAGCCACUUUCACUGUGAACAAUGAAGGACCAAGGCUCUACUCAGAUCCUAUUGCUUCUGCAUUUGCAGAUUAUGAAGAAAAGAAAAAAUCCUUUCAGAACUAUUUCAAAGGCUGAAAGAUUCUGCUGAUGAAGGCAUUAACUUCAGAAGUCCAUGCCAAGUGGAAACCUUCACAGGAAAAUUUUACUGCUUUGACUUUUCAACUGUUACCUGACAAUUCCAAAGUUUCUUCACUGUCACCAUUUCUGCCAGUGGAAUCUGGUGU